UCCAAUUCCUUUGCCUCGUCGCAAACUGGCCGUCGAUCAAUCCCAACUUUUCAAACAUGCUCGGAAUAAACUACGAAAGCAGCGACGAAGAGGAGCCGGUCCUACCAAAGCAAUUUGAGGUAGGUCACGUAAAUGCGCCCCAUGAGGACGCGAUAGCUACUAAUAUCAAGUUGCCUAAAUCUACUCCUGCAACAAAUGCGCCCGUGACAACAAAUCCGUCCGCGCCCGAAACCAACACGUCGCUCCCAGAUUCAAUCGAUGGUCCUUCACAAGGACCUUCAAUACCACAGGAUCAGGAUCAGGAUGAUACAGUUGAAGAUGCUCCCCCUGGUUCUCCAUAUACUUCAAGUCGUCUGACUAUUCAAAACCUGACUCUACCUGUUAUCCCCAAUUGGAACAUACCACCAUCCCCUCCAGGAUCACCACCACAAAAGGCUACGAAAAAGUUCACGCAGUUCCUCGAAUUGAAGAAGAAGGGACAGCACUUCAACAGUAGAUUGGAGACGUCCUCUGUACUUCGGGAUCCCAAUCAUCUUCAGAAGCUUAACAGUUUUGCCGGAAUCGAAGAAUCUGACCAAUACAAUUCCGUGUUGCCUGAUGAAGUCGGCGUUCCGGCAAUAUGGCCUGUAUGGGCCUAUGGCGAUGAACUGAAUGCAACACAGAAGAAGAUGAGAGGGAAUGCUCCUCGCGGCCCACCAGCGUUCGCCCCGGCAAAGUCCGGCUCAGCUGAUACCAAAAGCACGCUGUCUGUCAGAGCUGCCCAAGAAGGUACCCAGAAUUCCAGGAAGAGAAAGGGUGUGGAUUGA